UCGGAGAGAAGAAGGGAAAACGAAGAAUACACAAUACAAAGAGCUAUUUUUUUUUCAAAACUAAAAUCAGACACUUUGCUCCGAUCGUCGAUGGAUACUCAGAUCUGAGGAUUAAUCCCGUCUUCAUUUUCUAGUGGAAAAAAAUCAAAAAAAUAUCCGAUUUGGGUUGACGGAGACGAAGCCGGAGGUAGAAAUCGAAGGAAUCCUCAAUGGAUGAUUUCACAGGCCUCUUAGCGAGAGACUUUGGAUUGAAGCCUCAGGGAAAAUCUGCUCCGAUGGCGCCCCAGACCAACUCUUCUGCCGCUGAUUUUAGCAGUUUCGCUUCUUCCUACAGCUUCGCGAACGACUCAUCGAAGAAGAAGUCCGAUUCGUCGCCGGUAUUUGACGAUCUGAGUCGCGAUGGUGAUGAUCUUCUCUUCAGCGAUGUAUUUAGCGGAUCCUCCGAUUCUCUCUCUCAGCCUAAGCCCUCUGCUCCGGCCUUUGACUACGAUGCUAUGUUCAGGGAGCGUACAACACCCAAAUCGGCGUCCAUGCCUGUUUAUGACAAGCCUGUGUACGAUGAGGAUGUGUUUGAGGCUAUCCCUGAGCUCAAAAUCCCAUCGACUUCUCAAUCAGCUAGGUUUGAUGACGUUUUCUCUUCGAUCUCGUCACCUACGAAGCACAGGAAACAGAACAGUUCUCCUUUCGAUGAUUUGAUUGGGAAUCUGGGGAAAAGAGAAACGGAACCAAAGGAGACGGAGAGUGAGCGAGAAGAGAAAGGUAGCUCCGUUUUUGAUGACUUGAUUCCUGGGUUUGGUCGCAGCAGCUCGCCUCCAAAUAAAAGGCCAACUUCAGAGACGAGUCAAUCUCAGAAACCUUCUUAUCGGACAACCAAGACAUCUUCCAAUCUUGUAGACGAUCCAUUUGUAGGCUUGGAGGAGUCUGCAUCAACCUUUAGAGAACCUUCCAAAGGAGAGUUCACUGAUCCAUUGGAGGAAAUUGGUAAAUUCAACAGCAGAAAAACUGAUCAUUCAUCUGUCCGAGGAGGAGAAUUUGUUGAUGUAGAUUCUCUCGAUGGUCUUAGAAAAUCAGGGCCAGAUAUGAAUAGUAGAGGCAAGAGUCACUUGAGACCAGAAAGCAUCAGUGGCUCUCAGUCACCAGUAGAAAGUUCUGGGAAUUACCAUGCGAAGAAAGUUUCAUCUGAUGAAGUUUUGGAGCCGCAGAAUACUUCAUCCAGAAGUGUUCCUCAGACUUCUUCUCCAGUGUAUGAAAACAAAUCAGUCAAUUCUGAUGGAUGUUUUGAAUCAUCUGAUGAUGUGUGGCUUACUGUUUCUGAGAUCCCCCUAUUUACACAACCUACGAGUGCUCCGCCACCUUCGAGACCUCCACCACCAAGACCUACACGUCCUAUAAAAAAGAAGGUUAAUGAGCCUUCUUUAUCGAGUUCUACUAACCACUCACACGUUCCUAACUCAGCUAGAGCUUCUGCAAAUAGCCCAACAGUAUCUCCAAUGGAUGAACUCGACGCUUUUUCUAUGGGCAGAAAUCAGACUGCUGCUAAUGGACAUCCCGAGCCUCCCUCUGGUGAAGAUCCAGAUGUUUUCACUGCUGCUGUUGCAUCAGCUGCUGCCAUGAAGGAUGCCAUGGAUAAAGCAGAAGCGAAGUUUAGGCAUGCUAAGGAAAGGAGAGAGAAAGAAAAUCUGAAGGCACGUAGAAGUAGAGAAGGCGAUCAAAUGGAUAAUUAUGAUUCUCGGGAAAGGGAACUAAGAGAAAAGCAAGUAAGAUUGGAUCGUGAAAGGAUAGAGAGGGAGGCAGAGAUGGAAAGGGAGAGAGAGAGGGAGAGAGAGGAGAAAGAGAGAGAGCAGAAAAGAAUUGAGAAAGAAAGGGAAAGAUUAUUGGCUAGACAGGCGGUAGAGAGGGCUACAAGGGAAGCACGCGAAAGAGCAGCCACUGAAGCACAUGCAAAAGUUCAAAGAGCUGCUGUUGGGAGGGCUACCGAUGCCCAAGAACGCGCAGAAAGAGCAGCGGUUCAAAGAGCUCAUGCCGAAGCACGUGAAAGAGCAGCUGCAGGGGCAAGAGAAAAAGCUGCGAAAGCUGAAGCAGAAGCUAGAGAAAGGGCGACUGCUGAAGCGCGGGAGAAGGAAGCACGGGUUAGGGCAGAACGAGCUGCUGUGGAAAGGGCAGCUGCAGAAGCACGUGGAAGGGCAGCUGCCCAAGCUAAAGCUAAGCAGCAAGAGAAUAACAAUGAUCUUGACUCUUUCUUUAACUCGGUUUCACGGCCCAACAGUGCUCCACGACAAAGAGCCAACCCUCCGGAUCCUUUUCAAGAUUCCUGGAACAAGGGAGGAUCUUUCGAAUCGGGUAGGACAUCAGAGAACCUGAGGAAGGCCUCUUCAGCGACAAACAUUGUUGAUGAUCUGAGUUCAAUAUUUGGAGGUUCAGCAACACAAUCUGGUGGGUUUCAAGAUGUUGAAGGAGAAACUGAAGAGAGACGGCGUGCCAGGCUAGAACGCCACCAGAGGACACAAGAGCGGGCUGCGAAAGCACUUGCUGAGAAACAUGAGCGUGAUCUUCAAGUAAAAAGAGAUCAAGCUGAGCGAAAUUUUGAGCCACUUAAUCCUGAAUGGCAAAGGAUCUGUCUGGUUUUUCAGAGGAUCGGUGAGACCCUAGAUGUUGAGAUAAAACGUUGGGGUGCAGGGAAGGAGGGAAACUUGCGCGCUCUGCUUUCAACGUUACAAUAUGUUCUUUGGCCAGAAUGCGGUUGGCAGCCUGUUUCAUUGACUGAUCUAAUUACCGCUGCAUCUGUCAAGAAAUUUUAUAGAAAGGCCAGUCUCUGUAUACAUCCUGACAAAGUUCAGCAAAAAGGCGCCAAUCUCCAGCAGAAAUACAUUGCCGAGAAAGUGUUCGACUUGCUCAAGGAAGCAUGGAACAAGUUCAAUUCAGAAGAACUAUUUUGAAAGAAACCUGGGAUUUUGUUUUGAGAUAGUGUUGUUUUGUGUAUUACCAGAAAACGAUGAAGCAUGGUGCGUUCAUUAAAAUGCAAAAAAUGGAGCCAUAUUGUUGUCCAUAGAGUAUGUAUUCCCUCGGUAUUACCCAAGGCUGCACCAUUAUAGACAUCGCAGCAAUUGGGCAUUCUUAUUUUUUGUUUUUGUUAAUCUUUUUCCUUUCUCAUUACUAUUCUUGAUUUUAAGGGCACGAUGUCAAAUGUGUUGAUGUUGAUUUCUUGUAUCAAAACACAUACUUGAAGAACUGUAUAUUGUUGCUUCCUAACUAUAUACACGAAAUGUUCUAACCUUAACCCCGA